AUGCCGUCGUCGCCGCCCACGGGGGUGGACGACCACACUGGGCAAGCCUUGCCCCGUCGUCGACGACGACGACGACGACGACGACGACGCCGGACCGUUUUCUACACGAGUAGUAAUACUCCCUACCGUAUCCUCCUACUCUGUGGACUAGUGGCAUGCGUACACCACGGACUAGUGUCCCAGUGGGUGGGCACCCACGCGUGGGUCGCGGUCCAUACGGUCCUCCACCCACGACGGUACGGGGUACCGUACGGACGCGACUGGUCAGGGCAGUGCACGGCACAUCCCCCCGGACAAUUCCCUCCACCAAUAUUGGCGGACGACGAAGACCCCGACCAUGCCUCACUCGCGUCGUCGCGAUCCAACACCAACCAGAACGAAAGUGCUGGAUGGAAAGAAACCCAAAGAAAAGUCGAACAGCAACAGCAACAGAUUGAUCUCUUGCUCCAACUUGUGCAGCAACAACAAUCACAACAAUCACAGCCAUCACAACAAUACUCCCCCCGUGCACCCGCACCCGUUUCCAGCCACGAGGUCACCGCAACCCGGGCACCAGAGCGAGACCCAGAGGCGCUUUCCCCGUCGACCAACGGCAACUAUUCCAGAUCCGUUCCGUCGACGGACAGCAUCGCACCGGCUACUGCCAACACGGGUGUCGUGCCUCUCAAAGCCAUGCUCUUUAUUGACGGAACGUGGUUGUACUACAGUAUCUACGAACGCACCGAAGCCCGCUGUCCCAUUAUCCAACGCUACGGUCGUGGUUGGCAGAAUCGGUACGAUUUCCAUUGGGCCGCCCUGCCACGGAUUCUCUGCGAAAGCUUGCGGGAUCCCGGAUGGAGUACCAACACGGCCGCUCCCGCACACACGACAACCCACGAGUCUGCCACCAAAAACGCCCGUCCCAUGGAAAUUGUCCGCGCCAGCGUCUUUACGUCCUACAAGGCCGACACACCCACGUCCUCCUUUCGGUACCAAAUGUUUCAAGACAUGCAGGCCGCCAAUUACGACGUCCACAUGAUGGAAACGGUCGGCCGCGGCGAAAAAUGCGUCGACAUACAGUUGGCCGUGGAAAUGAUGCACUACGCCACCGUACCCAACGCCUACGACGUCGCCUUGUUGCUCACGGGCGACAAGGAUUUCAUGCCCGCCAUGAUCCGGACCCGCCAAAAAGCCCGCAAAGUCGGUCUCGUAUCCAUGAAAACCGGCUGCAAUCGGGCUCUGUACGAAACACCCGGAUUGAAGGAUUACGACGUCGUGUGGCUGGAAGACCAUUUGGACGAACUCAUCGUACCGAAACGGGGAAAAGUUAACGGCUCCAACCAUGUGGAAGCAGUGGUUUCCGUCUUUACGCUCAUGAAAAUUUUGUACGAUUUUGUCACCGAAUCGGGCCUGGAACGAGUGACGAGCCGGGAUAUCGGACGGUAUCUCAAGAUUUUGAAACUUGGGUCGCGGUCGGUUUUAGAGGAAUUGAAAUUGUCCUACGGUGGACUCCGACAAUUUUUGACCAUGUCGGGUGUCUUUGUCAUUGAAACAAGGGACGAUCAUUACCAAAAGGAAGAUCCUAGUGACAAGGCGUACUGGGUACGAGUACGACUACCCGAAGCCACGGUCGCAUUGACCGAACGGGCACGGAGUACUCGUUUGAGUGCUGCCGAAAAAGACUUUCUCGAAACGUACUCGCUGACUAUUCUUCAAGACAAGGCCACAGCCUAUUAUCACUCUUUGCUGCUUUUGGAUACUCUGCCCGAUGCACCCAGUGUCUCCCGAGAUGCGGCCAACGCUUUGCGUGCAGACGGUGUGGAGCUGCCGGACGAUCUGACUCGCGAUUAUAGCCUUUGCAAGGUUGCCGAGCUCAAAGACUGUUGUCGUGCUCGUGGUUUACCAAUUGGUGGAACCAAAGCAGUGCUAGUGGACCGUAUUCGAAGUGAUGUUGAGCAAGAAAUUGCACGCUUACAAACAGCAGCGCACUCAUCACCCCGUAAGUACCAGCAUUUGAAUAUGCCUCACUUAUUGUCCGACCCCAGUGAAGAAACGGGCACUACUGUCUCCGAUGAGACGGAUACCUAUCUUAAGGAACUCGUCUUUGAGUAUCUGAGAGCCAGUCACGGCCAGGCUAGUUCUCGUAACGUUGGACGGUAUCUCGCCAGUAACAAGUCUUCGACUGGAGAAUACAAGAAAGGUCGGCAGUCGGCACUACACGAGCUGAAAGCACACUACGGAGGCCUGGCGAGUUUUGUAGGCCACCACGAUAAGCUUUUUGAACGACAGGAUACGUUAGGAUCAGACAACGAUCCAGCCUCAACCUAUGAAUUUGGGGUCGGACUUCGAAAAGGAGCAUGAUCCAGAAUAGAUUACUUUUCUGUGCCGGCCUUACCUACUUUUUGACUGCGUGACGGACUGCCCCAGACAACUUCCACUCGUCGUGGUUGGGU